AUGAAGGUCAAAGUCUACUCCGAUGAUGUUGUCAAGAUCAGAUGGCUGUUCAUGGGGCCAGAUGGUCUUUCAGCCCGCGGUAAUUCGGUGGCAGAUUCAAGACCUGUGUUUGAGUUGACCCUGUAG